AUGGACAACAGGCAGUUCGACUUGAUCGUUGGGAUCGACUUCGGAACCACAGCGGUUGCAGAUGCCAAAUUCGACAAGGUUCCGUCAGUGGUCGCUUUGAAGAACAGAAACGUGGCAGCAUGGGGCUUUGGCGUCGACAAACUGGAGAUGGAAGACAUCUACACUACCGACUAUUACAAGCUAUUCAAGCCCCUCAUCUGCAGCCGGGACGAGCGAGAGAGGCGCGAUGCAGAGAUGUGCGUGCGCAUGUUCCUGAAGGAGCUCUACGGACACCUGAGGGAGCAGCUCGAGGGCGAACUACCGCAGGACAAGGGGUGGGCCAAGUCCAAGAUCAAGUUCCUCUUCAGCUACCCGACAACGUGGGAUGAUCCCGCAAAGAAACGCUUCGAUGAACAGAUCAGAAAGGCAGGCUACCCGGACGAGUCCGGACAUGAAGUUGAGCUGCCUCUUGACGAAGCAGCAGCAUCCAUGGUGCAAUUUCUCCAAGGCACCAACUCAGACGACUUGCCCAAGAAGAACGAGCAUGUUCUGGUUGCCGACAUCGGCGGUGGGACGUCAGACAUCGCCAUAUACAAACUGGGGGAACUCGAAGGCCGCACCGCCAAGGAGCUCGAGUCCGUGGUGUGUCACCAGGGCAAGAACGUCGGGUCCACCCGGAUUGACGAAAGCUUCAAAAGUCAGCUGUGGCCCGAGGUCAAGGAGAAAUACCGGGAGAUUCUGCGAAAACAGCAAAAGGAGAUAACCGACGACGACUUGACCCAACUAGCCGAAGUGGCUGUUUUUCACCUUGAGCACGUCGAUAGCUACAAGUACCAGAAGCACAAGUACGGCGAGCGAUCUCGCACGGUUCAGAAGCCGAUGUUUUGGCUCUGGCUUUCCGGGCUUACCGGUGACAUCCCGGCCGUCGACGGCAGCGAGGGAGCGGCCAAGAUACGCAUUGAGAUCCGCAGGGACGAGUUCUUCAAGAAACCUUUCGAUGAGCAAUGCGGCAAGGUCUGGAAACAGUGCGAUGCCCAGAUGGCGCAGCUGAAUAACGUCAAGACCAUCGACCGCAUUGUGCUCGCGGGGGGCCUGGGCAGCUCCGCGUACGUCAAGACCAGUCUCGAGACCAAGUUCCGCAGUCACCCCCUUUCCAAGAACGCCAAGGUGACCCAGAUCGCCGACCCAGCUCUUGCCGUGUGCCAGGGCCUAGUGCACGACGAGCUGCGCGCCAUUCACGGGUCCCCUUACUGGGUGUACCAGGCAGCCGCUCGAUACGGCAUCCAACAAGGGGCAGAAAGGGACAGCACCAAGUGGUUCCUCAAACAUGGAGACAAACCGAAGGUCCCAGCCUCGGUCGACAUCACUCAUGACAUAGAAAUCGACCAAAACGGCCGGGCCCUUGACCUCGACCUGAAGGUCGUCCGAAUCCGGCAACCGCCGCCACCCGCGUUGAGAAGCCGAGCGAAUUGGCUCCACAAUACCGAGCCAGUCCAGGACAUCAGCUCCUGGGUCAAGCAAUCUCUACCAGGUGGCCUGAAGCGACAGCUUUUUUCCAAGAAGGCGGAACUCACCAUCAGGGCCACCAUGUGGCGCGAGGCAAUCGUGCUGACCCUCCACGCCGCGAGCCAUCCGCCCGCGAAGCAGCACGGCAACCCCCUCCACAUACUUGUGCCCUGGCACACGGACCCUGCGCCCAGACACUCCGGGCCCCCAGGAUCUUCGCGGUGGAGGUUGACUGCGAAACAAAAACGCGUGCUGAAAGCAACAGUCGCCGCACUCGCCAUUGGCGCGACUGUAGCGACCAUUGGAGGCUUCAUCCUCUCCGUGGUCCAAGACAGAAAGAAGGCUUCUGAGGAGGCUGUCAAGGAGGAAAAGGAGGGUGCCGAGGGGACGGAAAAGAAAGCUGCCCAGGGGGUUGGCGGUGGUAGUGGGGCACCUGCUUGUGGCAGCGAGCCUAACGCAGCACAGGGGGAAGUUCCCAACGAUCCAAACGGCACCGAGCCGGCUGGUCCUAUCGGGCACCGAGCCGGCUGA